AGUUGCUUUUGAAAUGUCUAAUCUCUCGGAAGACGUGAAGAAAAUUGAGUUUGUGGAGAAAAUUCUUCCAACACUGAUCGUAGAGCAUAAUGAAGAAUUUAAAGAUUAUGAAGUGGUCAGUUGUCGUGGUGAAUUAAAUAAAAGUAUGGAUGGCUUUAUGAGUGACAUUAUCAAUGUUGAACUGACUAUGGAAGGUCCAGACGAUGACGAGCCGAAGACCCAUUUUAUCAUUCUGAAAAUUAUGAAAGGCGAUAAAAACUUUCGAGAGCUUUCAAAAGCAACUCUACAGUUUUCAAAUGAAAUUUUCAUCUACAAAACUGUUUUACCGACAUUUAAAAAAUACUUGAAAGAUAACAACGCGAAACUCUUCAAUCCAGAUGAAUGGUGGACGCCGAAAGUUUAUUUUGCUGAUUUUGGACUCUUCCCUGGUUUAAGUGACGGUGUAGAGACGAUUCUUGCUCUUGAAAAUCUGAAGAUGUCAGGAUAUCGAAUGGGACCAAAAAUUGAUUUGGAUGAAGCACAUUUACGGUUAAUGAUCAAGAACAUUGCACUUUAUCAUUCAGUUCCAUUUGCAAUGCGGAUAAGAAAUGACCCCAAACAUAAGGAAAUGGCCAGCAAAUUAUCGCCAUUCUCAUUCUUAUCAGAAAGUGGAGAAGAACUUUCUUCAUAUGGACGAUUAUUUAGAGUUGGUCUUGAACGACUUUUUAACUUGGUUGAAAAAGAUUCUCGAUAUCAGUUUAAUGAAACUUUUGUGUCUGACGUCAAACGUUUAAAGGAGAAACAUUUUGAUAGAUUCAUGCAUUUAAUGGAGACAUUUCUGAAGAAAGACGAUGUCUUUUCGAUUAUCUUACAUGGCGAUUAUGUUCGCAAUAAUGUUCUCUUCCAAUAUGACGAGCCAACCGGAUUUGAUAAUCCAAAAAGUAUUAAAAUGUUUGACUUUCAAGAGGUUCGCUUUGCAUCACCGGUCAUUGACCUUGCCUUCUUUAUGUAUAUGAACAUUCAUUAUUCAAUAAGAGAUCAGUUGUGGGAUUCUCUAUUAAAGUAUUAUCACGACACUCUUGUUGAAUCAGUUACAGACAUUCUUAAAUGUAGUAAAACCGACGAAAGAUUGAAACCGUAUAGCUUCGAGAACUUCCUUGAUCAUUUCGCCAAACAUGCAUUUUAUGGUGUCCCAGUAUGCUUGCAUUACGUGCCUUGGAUCGCUUGUUCUGAAGAAGAAUGUGCACAAAUUUCGCAUUGGUUUGAAACUGACAUGAAUGGCGAAGAAUUCCAUAAAAUCACACAAAUUUGUGGUGGUGAAGAAGUUGAUAAAAGAAUCGUCAGCAUAGUCAAACAUGCCAGUGAAAAAGGUUACAUGAAAGUAUUUUAAAAUUAUUUUGAUCACUUGAUUUUCUUACACAAUUGUAAAUCAAUCAAGUUGAAUAAUAAAAACAAUUGAAAAGAAAAC